GUGUGUGUGUGUGUGUGUUGUGUACCGCUGUCACAGUGUCCAGCCACCCUAGACGCCCAACCCUGUCUGUCUGUCUAUCUGAUCAUCCCCCCAACUAGCCCCCUCCCUGCCCCCAAGCGUCCUCCACCGUUACGCCGACCAGCUGGCGAAGGUCGGCCGGCUCCUCACGCAUCUCCUGCACACAAAUACGGCAUCGCCAUCGUGUCCAUGGUCAUCCCUCGGGCCUUGGCGACCUUGUGGAUGUGCUGGACGUGCCGGAUGACGUGGGGGUACGUCCGUACCGACUGCACAGACACAGAUGACUGCACCGACAGACACCACACACGGAGGAAAAGCUAUAUGUGGAUCAUGUGGAUGUGUGUGGGAGUGCACGCUUGCUUUCGAUGUCUCACCAUCCACCGCCAAAGAGAAGCGUAGAUCGCCAGGUCAACGACGGUCAUCGACGGGGGGCACACAUCGACCAUGUACGUCUUGUUCCUCAGGUGCCGCUCGAUCAACUGCAAUGGAUGGAUGGAUGGAGGACACAUGUAUACACACACACACACACAAACAGAGAGAGAGAGAGAGAGAUUGAUGGCAUGUACUCUGAAUGGAUGGCUUCUCUCUCGUGUACAUACGAUCGAUGUAUGGACGCACCUUGACGUCUGUCGUCUCGCUGAUGUCGAAGUCCCUGCUGGCGAUGAACAGCAGCCAGCGCUUGACGUCAACCUGAAUGCAUCCAUCCAUCCAAACCCACCCACUCAGUCCAUCACUUCUUUCUGUGCUGUUGUGUGUUGUGUUUGGUCUAUCUACGUUGCGGCGGCCGUAGCCUAAUAGCGGGUCCCUCCCGGAACGCAGCUCCGCCAGCUGCGUCAGCACGUCUGCUGGUCGCCCGUCGAUCACCAUGUGGCCUCGGAGCAGGUCUGGGAGCUGCACGCACACACGCACAGACACAUACAUACAUACAUACAUACAUGCACCCUCACUUGACCCUCUUACGCAUACACACGACAGUCCAUAUGAUACGUACCUGCAGGCCGCGCCCUCUCAGGUACGACUCGAGCUCUUAAUGACUACUCGGCCGGUCUCCACCAGCCCGGGCAGCCAGGCAGGCCGGGCAAGUGUCGUCUACGAGCAGCCAUGGCGAUUCGAUGAAGCAACUCGGAUGCGGUGCCGAUGAGCACCGCCUCCAUCACCAUGCAUAAGCGUCGACAUCGACAACAGCCCCAGACUCAGCACCUCGGUCACUUCACACACCUCUGACACAACCAAACAACCAACCAAUACCAGCCAAUGAAUGAAUGAAUGAAUCAGCCAACAAACAAUACGGAGAAGUCUCCCUGCUCUCCCGUCCCUCUCUCUCUCUGUGUGUGUGUGUGUGUGUCUGUCUGUCGGUGAGGCUGCGUCCUGAUGGGCGAGUGGUGGGUGUCAAGGACCGCGUGUCAUUAACUCCUCACUCUCGUCGGAAUAUAAAAUGUAGCCAGCGAUGAGCACCGACAAGCUCUCGAAUCUCGGACAUCUCCUCACGAGUCCCCUGCACACACACACACACACACACACAUCCUCCCUCUGGUCGGUUGAACUUUUGACUCGGUUCAUGCAUCGGGCUCCUUCUACAGACGUCUACGUCUCGUGACGCUGCUGACUUGCUGACUGUCUUGGCUGCAUUUCUCUUGUGGCUUUACCUUGCGUCAGUUUCGCCGUCCGUUGGACACAAGGGCGCCUUUGCGCCAGGUAUUGGACGGUAAGGUUCCCUUGGGGAGAGGCCUCCUGGCCUCGCCACAAGGGAACGCCAUCUCGCUCUCGCCACGAGCAUAUGUGCGUGUACCGUGAGGGCGAGAGCUUGCUGCGCGCUCGCAGUACUGAGCCGCUGCAUGAAGGAGAGGAAAGAAAGUGAGACAGAAGGACGUGUCUUGGACAAGGUCUCAGAGCGAUCUUACCUCACUGCUUUCAGAGAGAAGGCUGGCCAAUUCACCGAAAUCCGCACGGACAGAAGCCUCAAACCGCCGAACGUGGGACAUCUCCUCUCGAACCUCCUGCAUACACACAUAGACACACACACAUAGACACACACACACAUACACACAUCCAUCUGCAGGCACUGAGGGCACUUGUGUGGGUUAAUACUGUUACGAUCAGUCACACGAUCAAUGAGCUUCUCCUUGAUCCAUUCACCACUGCGCCGCCUUGCCAGAUAUUCAAUGGCUUUUUCCACCGACCACCUAUACCUGCAAGUCACGCAUACACAUAUGUGUGUGGGCAGUGCAGACACCAUAGACAAUGUGUGCGUUGUACUUUUCAUGAGGAUCGCGCAUGUGAAUGACCACUGCAUAGCGAGGUGGGGGAUGGUGGGCCUUCAGCGUGUCGAUCACGGCCUUGAACACCGUGCAAUGACAAAGACAGGGCUGUCCCUUCAUUUCCACUGACGUCGGGAUAUGAAAUGUAGCAAGCGAUAUAACACUCCUGGUGGGCAACACCUGACGCCACGCCAAAGAGCAAGGGAACGAACGCAUGUGUGUGUGUCCACGUGUGUGUGUGUGUGACCCGACUGCACCACGUCUCACCGCCUGGCGUUGCAGCGGCGAUGUCGUGGAUGAGUUGGUGGAGCUUGGCGGUCUUGGCCUCGGCCCCCAAGUCAGCGUCCUUGAUGGCGUCUGCCGCACGCCGGUAUAGGAGCUGCAU